AUGCAGCUGUCUGAUCGGAUAGAAAAUCUACUGGCAGUGGGAAAUAUUAUCGUUUUAUUGCUGUACAUUCCGUUAACUUAUUGUCAACAUUUACCACCCAAAGAUGAUGAGAAAUUCAAUUUUCCAAUCGAUCAGCAGGAAGCCUUCCAGUCAACUCGUAUAAUACCAGAUGGAACCUCAGUCUUUGCCUACUUUUACAAAGGAAAAUCACAAAAUUACUUUUUCCGUGUGGAGAAAAACAAUUCACCAUUAAAAAUUACCAUAAGUCCGUGUACAGCAACCAUUAGGUGGGUUAUAAAAAGAGGAACAUUACUACCAGACAUUGAAGACGUUGAAGAAGAAGAACUUUCAGAUCCUUUCCACGCCCAAAGAUCAGUUAGUGAAAAUCCUGAAGCUGCUUAUAGAGUUAUUGGAAACUUUACAGGAAAGAAAGCAACCACCUAUUUUCACCGUCGUGUACGUUAUGGGUUGUAUAUGUUGGAAAUUAUAGCUGUAGACAGUGAUACCAGUGCCAAAAUAUACGGAACGACUACUCCAAGAUCAAAUAAUGCCAUGUCGGUACUGCCUCUUGAUAAAUCGGUCAGAAUAACUUCAACUUCAGAAAGGAUGUUUACUAUUGAAUGGAAUAAAGCAAACGGUGUUGUUGAAGGAUUUAAUAGUUCUAUUCAGUAUUGUGUGGUCGUGAAUCGUGCUAAAAAUUUCAAUAAUUAUUGUUCAGUUUGGUCAGCCAAGGCAACAGACGAAGGUUCUUCGGCUCAUAGUGGUUUUGGUUUUUCGUGGGAGAAAAACACCAAAAAACGAUCGAAGCGUGGUAAUAAGUUAUUUCAUAAGUGUAUUGGAUCUAAAACACAGUUCACUUACAAAAAGGCGAAAUUGGGAAAAUUAUAUUACGUGGAUGUGUUUGUUUUGAAUAGACAAUAUAAUAUCGAUGCCUCUUACAGUGGUACAAAAAUCAAAACUUCGAGAAAUUAUCUCCUUAAAGAUGGACAAAGACAAACUGUUAAAUUACAGAAAGGUACUGUUAAACAGCAAGUGAUGUUUCACACAAAACGUAAACUAGAUUCCGCAGUUUUAGAACUGAAAUCGUGUCGUGGUAAAUUACCUAUAACCAUGUUUCACGGUAAUAACAGUAUCCAUAAAACUGUAGUACGCAAUAUGAAAAUAUUAAGAAUGAGAAAUCUGCCCGAGGGACAAUAUACCAUAGAAUUUACUGGAAACAGAAAUCGUAAAAGGGUUGUAUCUGUUUUGUUAAUAUCGUCGAUAUACAAAAAGCCUCGAUUACCGUUAGAUACGAAAGUGAAAGUAAGAGCAACGUCUUGUAAUUCUAUAACACUGUCUUGGUUCGCUACCCAUGUUAAACAAAGGUACUGUUUGUAUAAGCGUCAGUCAUCAACUCUUCCGAAGAAGAGAAGUCAUCAUUGUUUGGAGAUGGCUGGUCGACGGAAAAAAGACAAGGUCCUUUGUGUUCGGAUGAGGUACAAAGAUCGAUAUAAGCCAAUAAGGAAAACCGUUAAAAAUUUGAAACCGAAUACGAACUAUGUAUUUGAUGUCUAUGUUAAUAGAGGCAAAGGAGCUUCACUCUCGUAUAAAAGUGUCAUUGCACGAACAAAAAAUUGCAAUAAAUGA